GGGUCCGAUCCCUCUCACACCAUAAACCUCGCCGUGACUCAGAAGUGUUCGACCGCAAUCGCUCGUGUGACCUGAGAUUUCCUGCAUUCGAGUACCGCAUCCCUUCCUCCGCUCUGAUUCGGAAUCUGUUAUUGAACUCUCGCGCCCACCGGCAACAAUGGCGACCCCGAAAGUCAUCCUCCCGGAGAAGGGAAAGCAGAAUACCCUCAUCACCUCUGCGCUUCCGUACGUGAACAACGUGCCACACCUGGGAAACAUCAUCGGCAGUCUUCUCUCCGCCGACGUCUUCUCGCGAUACAGCAAGCAGCGAGACCGACCAACAUUGUACAUCUGCGGCACAGACGAGUACGGCACCGCCACCGAGACCAAAGCUCUUGAGACGAAGCAGACCCCCCAGGAAUUAUGUGAUGAAUUCCACGUCAAACACGCCCACAUUUACGAAUGGUUCGAGAUCGGAUUCGAUUACUUCGGAAGAACAACCACCGCCAAGCAGACCGAGAUCGUACAGGAUAUAUUUCUCAAGCUGCACAAGAACGGCUUUCUCGAGGAACGCACCACGACGCAGCCCUUCUGCCAACAUGAAAACCAUCAGGCGUUCUUGGCCGAUCGAUUCGUCGAGGGCACCUGCCCCAAGUGCCAGUACGAGGACGCAAGAGGAGACCAGUGCGACAAGUGCGGCAACUUGCUCGACCCUCUCGAGCUGAUCAACCCCAAGUGCAAGGUCGACGGGUCCGCACCUGUUCCCAAGGAAACUACACACAUCUUCCUGCUACUCGAUAAGUUGUCGCCCAAGGUCGAAGAAUGGUUCGAAAAGUCCAGCCAGGAGGGUCAAUGGGCCUCAAACGGCAUAGCAAUUACCAAAUCUUGGUUGAACAGAGGACUUGAGGGCCGCUCGAUUACUCGUGAUCUUAAGUGGGGAGUUCCUGUACCACUACCUGGGUACGAAAAGAAAGUGAUUUAUGUCUGGUUUGAUGCGUGCAUUGGAUAUCCCUCAAUCACAGCGAAUUACACCGAUGAAUGGGAACAGUGGUGGAGAAACCCCGAUGAAGUCAAGCUUUAUCAGUUCAUGGGCAAGGACAACACGCCAUUCCACACCGUCAUCUUCCCGGCUACACAGCUGGGCACCGGCGACAAGUGGACGCAACUGAACACUCUCUCAACCACGGAGUAUUUGAACUACGAGACGGGCAAGUUCUCCAAGUCGAGAGGCGUUGGUGUCUUUGGCGAUACGGCACAGGAGAUCGGUAUCCCGCCUUCAGUCUGGAGAUACUACUUGCUUGGAAGCCGGCCGGAAACUGGUGACACUCAGUUCCUCUGGUCAGAUUUUGUGGCGGCCAACAACAACGAGCUCCUUGCCAACUUCGGCAACUUCUGCAACCGUGUUAUCAAAUUCGUCAACGCUAAACUGGAUGGUGUCAUUCCUGACUUCUCAGUAACCUAUACUGAUGAUAGUUUCGAUUUCCCGGGCUGGAUCGACGAGGUCAACACAUCUCUCAAGGAGUACAUUGACCUCAUGGAUGGUGUUCACUUGAGAGCUGGUAGCAAGAAGUUGAUGGAGAUCAGCUCCAAGGGUAACAAUCUGCUGCAAUAUCGUCUUGAUAAUGCUGCUCUAGCCGAGCACCCCGAGCGUACCAAAACCGUCAUCGGUCUUGCACUGAACCUGUGCAACCUCCUCGCUUCAAUUGCAUCUCCAUAUAUGCCCUCAACCUCCGAGGACAUCGUCAAGCAGCUCAACACUAAGCUCGCCUUCAUUCCCGACACCUUCCAUGCCGAUGCCUUGAAGCCUGGCCACAAAAUUGGCAAAGCAGCCUACCUCUUCUCGAGGAUAGACGAGAAGAAGAUCGAAGAGUGGAAGGUAAAAUACGGUGGUACACAAGCUUCUCGCGCCGAGGAGGAGGCCGCGAAGCUGAAGAAGCAGCAGGAGAAGGAGCGCAAGAAGGCCAAGAAAGCUGCCAAAAGAGCUGAAGAGAAGGCUGGUGCCGCUGCUGAAGCCGGAUCGUCAAGCGAGCAACCGAAGAUUGACGGCACUGUGAGAAACCUACCUAUCCGACAAAAGGUACUAGACAAGGAGGGUCCUCUGACGACAGACGCGAGCAUUGUACCAGAGUCGACCGCUCCCAAGACCGAAUAAGGUACGGGUUCUGAUGGUAAAGAGGCACUAUGAUGAAAUAAAGAGAUAAUCAAAGGUGGUUCGGCGUUUGGGGAUAAGCUCGAUAUGUAUUCUGGUCCGUGGGCAUAAGAAGCGUGGAUGGAGCGAUGAUAUGGAUCUGGGCGACUAGAUAGACGGCAUUGAAGCGAGGCGCGUGCGGUGCUGAGAAGACAGCUUGGUCUAAGCUCUUAGAUAACACAAACAUGAAUUUGCCAAUGUACUGAGGGUAUGUGAGUGGUACAUCUUUGUUUGCAACCCUGGGCAUUCAGAUGCACGGCUAGAUACAUGUCCCAUUGUCACUUUUAU